AUGGCAGAAGCUGCACUGUCGUUUGUCUUACAACAGCUGUACCUACUUGGAUCAGAAGAAAUAAGUCUGUUGAAAGGCCUCGGAAAUGAUUUUCCCAACAUCCAACAUGAACUAGAGAGCAUUUACGCUUUCCUAAAGGAUGCAGAUAGAAAAGCUGGAUAUGAAGGGGACACCAACUAUAGAAUAAAAACAUGGGUGAAGCAGGUGAGAGAAGUCUCUUUUUGUAUAGAAGAUGUCAUUGAUAAGUACAUCAUGUAUGUGGCGCGGUAUAAUCGCAUAGACUCACUCCCGAAGAUUGCUCAACAAACAAAAACUCUGUUGUCACGUCGUCGAAUUGCAUCUGAGAUCCGAAAUAUCAAGUCAUCGGUUCAAGAAAUAAAGGAAAGAAGUACAAGGUAUGAUUUUGAAUCUUCAAGCAACAGUAGUAGAGAAGCAGAAGCAGAUCCACGAAUGGAUGCCCAUUUCAUGGAAGAAACUGGGGUUGUGGGAUUCGAAUCCCCAAGAGAUGAGUUGAUUGACUUCUUAACACAAGGAACCCAACAACUUUCUGCGAUUUCGGUGGUAGGCAUGGGUGGACUCGGAAAAACAACUCUUGCCAAACAAGUUUUUGAUAAUCCACAUGUGCAAGAACACUUUAAAUGUACUUGUUUUCUCACAGUUUCUCAGUCGUACACUGUGAAGGAGCUACUGGUAAACAUGGUAAAGAAGUUUUGCGAGGAUUACAAUGACCCUCUUCCCCAAGGGCUGCACGAGAAGGAUGAUAACUCGUUAGUUACACAGGUGAGGAAAUUCCUUGAGUCGAACAAGUACAUGUACUUGUUAUUGUUUGAUGAUGUCUGGAAACAAGAUUUUUCCGAUGAGAUUAAGCAUGCCCUUCCUGAUAACAACAACGGCAGUAGAAUCGUAAUCACCACUAGAACGAUGCACGUUGCUGAGUGUUUCAAUAAAUCAUUUCUUGGUCGUGUUCAUGAACUACAACAUUUGCCUCUAAAGAAAGCAUUGGAACUCUUCUGCAAGAAGGCAUUUAAGUUUGAGCCAAGUCACCAAUGUCCACCUGAGCUCAAGGAGAUGUCAGAAGAAAUUGUUCAAAAAUGUGGAGGCCUGCCGCUAGCAAUUGUUGCCAUUGGUGGUCUUUUGACGACGAAAGCAAAGGAGAUGAUCGAAUGGAGAAAGGUAUGUGAGGAUCUGACCAUGGAGAUAGAGCGCACACCAUAUUUAAAUGCUUUAACAAGGAUUUUGUCUCUUAGUUAUGAUGAUCUUCCACCCAAUUUGAAAUCAUGCAUGCUGUAUUUUGGCAUGUAUCCGGAGCACUACUCCAUCAAAUAUACGAGAUUGACCAGGCAAUGGAUAGCUGAAGGAUUCAUUCAGAAUGAGGGGAAAAGACCUGUGGAGGAGGUUGCUGAAAGGAGCUUGAGAGAUUUAGCACACAGAAGUUUGGUUAAAGUCUCUAAAGUUGGCCGUAAUGGCAAGGUUAAAAGCUGCCAAGUCCAUGAUUUAUUAAGAAAAGUCAUCAUUAGAAGAAUGAAAGAGUUAAAUUUUUGCCACGUAAUGCAUGAAGAUGACGAACUAGAAACGGUUGGAAUAACUAGACGCUUUUCUGUGGCUAAUUUUUCCGACAUUGUGUUAAGCAGGACUAGACUCUUCGGCGUUCGUGCAAUAUUUAUUUUCAGCAAAAGUGAAUUGCCUGCAUAUUUUGUGCCUAAAUUAUCCACCAAGUUCAAGCUUUUGAAAGUACUUGAUUUCCAAGGUACUUUGUUGAACCAUGUUCCUGAUAAUUUGGGCAAGCUUUUUCUCCUCAGGUACUUAAACUUGAGUCAUACACAAGUAGAGGUCCUUCCCAAAUCCAUAGGUAAGUUGCUGAACCUAGAAACCUUGGACCUAAGGCAAACUAAGGUGCGUGAGCUACCAAGAGAGAUAACCCAACUCCUGAAGCUGCGACUUCUCUCAGUCUACUACAGAAAAAUUGAAGGGAAGUACUCUGUGUUAGAGUCCACAACAGGGGCGAAAAUGCAUAAGGGUAUCAGAUGCUUGAAAUCCUUACAAAAGCUUUACUUUUUGGAGGCUUAUCAUGGAGGAUUAGAUCUUGUGGAAGAGCUCAAAAUGUUGAAACAGUUAAGGAAGUUGGGAAUCAGGUGCGUGAGAAGAGAAUAUGCAACUGCCCUAUCAGCUGCAAUAGGAGGGAUGAACCACCUCGAAUCUCUCAAUGUCAGUGCCGUCGCUGAAGAUGAAAUCAUUGACUUGAACUUCAAAUCAGAUCCCCCCCAACUUCAAGUGUUGAAGUUGAAUGCUCGAGUGACAAAGUUACCCGACUGGAUUCCAAAACUUGCGUAUCUUGUGAAGUUAAGGCUCGGUUUGUCCAACUUGAAAGAAGAUCCACUGGACUCACUUAAAGUCUUGCCAAAUCUGAUGCUGCUCAGCAUCUGGGAUAAUGCGUAUGAAGGUGAAAGUUUGCAUUUCAAAAAAGACGGAUUUCCAAAGUUGAAGGAACUUGAUCUUACUCGACUAAGCAGAUUAAGUUCUAUGUCCAUAGACAAAGGAGCUUUGCUUGGUCUUGAACACCUCAGCUUUAGAGAUAACCCCCAAAUGAAGGUGUUACCCUGUGGCCUCGAUCACUUGAAAAACCUUCAAUUUCUAGGCUUCGUAGAUAUGCCAACUGAACUGGAAGAAAGCAUUGAUCCUGCUAAAGAUGGACGGCAUUAUGGGGUUAUCAAGCAUAUUACCAGUGUAUCUAUUCGCUACAACGUCCAUGGACCAAGAUUUCAUCCAAACCACUCCUAA